UUAAAUUAAAAAUAUAAAUCAUUUUAUUUUUAAAUUAAACAAUUUUUCACUUUCAAUCGAGAUCAAAAGGAUUCGACGAUACAGUUCAGUUUCGACUUUACGCGUUUUAUUUGUUUUUAUCACUUUUUGCCAUUUCUUUUGUUUCAAUCUGUAUCGUGGCAAUUAAGUUAUCGUUAUUAUCAACACGCAUUUCUGCAUAAAAUGAUCGUUAAUAUUUCUAUUCAGAUCUUAUUACGAAAGUCUUUUAAAAUAUCCAAUGGGAUAGUGAGUGUUGCUCGAGAUGAAGUUAAAAAAUAUUUUGGAAAUCAGUAUCGUCAUAUUCAUAUGUGGAUCCCAAAUAGCGAAUAUAUUAAAGGAUUAGAAUAUCCGCGAGCUUUGCCGGUUGAUGCUGUAAAAUGGAAAUUUCCGGGGGAAAAAUAUGAUGAUGAUGAAAACGAAAAGAUAAUGCAAAAUGUACGAAUUAAUUUUGGUCCUCAACAUCCUUCAGCUCAUGGAGUUUUACGUUUGAUAUUGGAAUUGGAGGGUGAAUUAAUUAAAAAAGCUGAUCCACAUAUUGGACUUUUGCAUCGUGGUACAGAGAAACUAAUAGAAAAUAAAACUUAUAUACAAGCUUUACCUUAUUUUGAUCGUUUGGAUUACAUUUCGAUAAUGUGCAAUGAAGAAUGUUACAGUUUAGCUAUCGAAAAGUUGUUAAAUAUAGACGUACCUUUACGUGCCAAAUACAUUCGGGUGCUUUUUGGAGAAAUAACCCGAAUAUUUAGUCAUAUUAUGUCAAUAUCAACACAGGCACUGGAUAUAGGUGCAAUAACUCCUUUUUUUUGGUUUUUUGAAGAACGUGAAAAAAUAAUGGAAUUUUUUGAAAGAGUGAGCGGUGCACGUAUGUUCACAGCUUAUGUGCGCCCUGGUGGUGUAGCUUUUGAUUUACCCUUGGGUUUAUUAGAUGAUAUUUAUCAAUGGGCUAGUAUAUAUUCUGAAAGACUUGAUGAAAUAGAAGAUUUAUUAACUGAAAAUCGAAUUUUUAUUCAACGCUUGAAGAAUAUUGGUAUAAUAUCAGCUAAAGAUGCAUUAAAUUUUGGAUGCAGUGGAGUAAUGUUACGGGGAUCUGGUAUUGAAUGGGAUUUGAGAAAAAUUGCACCAUAUGAUGCGUAUGACUUAGUUGACUUUGAUGUACCUGUGGGUAUAAAUGGAGAUUGCUAUGAUAGAUAUCUCAUACGCAUUACGGAAAUGCGUCAAUCACUUAGAAUAAUUUAUCAAUGUCUAAAUCAAAUUCCAUGCGGUGAAGUGAAAUGUGAUGAUGUCAAAAUUGUACCGCCAAGCAAGAAAGAAAUGAAAACCAGUAUGGAAGCACUUAUCCAUCACUUCAAAUUAUUUUCACAAGGUUUUCAAGUACCACCGGGUGCUACAUACACAUCCAUUGAAGCACCAAAGGGUGAAUUUGGAGUUUAUCUUGUUAGUGAUGGUAGCUCUAAACCAUAUCGAUGUAGACUUAGAAGUCCUGGUUUUGCUCAUCUAGCAACAUUGAGUUUCAUUGGACCUGGUUAUUUGCUGGCAGAUAUUGUUGCUAUUCUUGGUACAUUAGAUAUAGUAUUUGGUGAUAUAGAUAGAUGAUCUUGUUAACAGGAUGAUAAUAAGUUCGGUUGUGUUCGGUUUUCGUCAUUUUCGUCUUAGUUAACGUAACCUAACUUUGGUAUUUGCUUGGAGAAUUUGAAGAUUUGUGUGCAGUUGUUGGUGGACAGCUGUGUUAGAUUGGUUUUAGAUCAUGG